CGUGAUGAUCGGUGGAGCUGACGCCGAUUGACGUGCGCCUCACAUACCAAGCGCUAGCAGCCAAGAAGCCAUGCCGCUCUACAAGCAGGUACUACUGACCAACCUCAAGUCGCCGCCCAAGGACGUUGCACGCGUGUUCCAGGACUGCGCGUCACUCAUCACGUCCCAGGGCGGUGUGAUCCGUGGCACGGAGAACCGUGGCGAGAAGCGUCUGGGUUAUGGCAUCGAGGACCGUCGGUGGGGUGCCCUGCAGCGCCACUACGAGGGCAAGCUCAUCGUACAGCAGUUCAACACGUCUCCCGCCGUGCUGAAGGAGGUGGAGGCCAAGCUUAAGAACAGUUUCCCUAUCAUCCGCUUCAAGACCUUCAAGAUCCGCGACCCCCUGGACAAACUCAUGAACACGCGCAUGACGCUGGAGGAGGCCCAGCUGCUGCUAAACCCUGCAGCCAAGGCCAAGGCCGAGCAGGCCGCCAGAGAAGCCAAAGAGGCUCGCCGUCCGCGCAACCCCGACCUUGCCGACGUCAAGCCUGAAGACUUUUUCGACAUGGACGACGAGAAGGAGGCAGCACAGUUCAAGCAGUACGUGCCUGAGUGGAAGCGUGAUGCGCUGUUUGAGCCGGAUGUGCCCGCACACCUCAAGGACAAGCAGCACUAAUAGGUACACAGUGACGCCAUCAACGACAGACUGUACUGGGUUUGCAGGGUGUGGACAGGUGGAGCUUUUAUCGUCUUAUUGCCUUUGUUUGGGUAGAAAAAAUAGAGAGAACCUCAGAAACAAGAUAAACACUGCAGAUCGACACGGUGUGGCUGCUAAAGUCGCGAUCCUGUGACCUGCUGCAUGUGGCGAGCAUCGUGUUGCUGUUUAUUAUCACUGCAAACGUAUCGCUGUCACUUGUCCUUGCACUCCUUUUAGCUCCACUUCAGCCGCGCCCACUCUCGCUGUGCACUCACUUGG